AAGAAAUAUUAAAUACAAAAAGUUAAAUGCCAAUAAUUAAUAGCCGAAAUUAAGUUCCCAUACGGUUUAUAUUAAAAAACACCCGGGACGAAAUGGAGUCGGAUACGCUGGACAAGGAGAGUGCGGCGGCGGCUUUGAAAAAGCUAACACAAAGUGAAAGUCCCGAGAGUUCGAUGACACUGUCGGUGAAGGCAAGGCUGCAGCGGUGGAUAGGAGGAGGCGGAGGAGAGGCGCCGCCAACAAAGAGACAAAAGACUGUGGAGGAAAAAGAGAGUGCGGAGGAGGACGAAAGCGAGGAGAGCGAAGAUUUGGAGGAUGACGAGGAUGAUGAGGAGAUUCCCCACUGAUCCCCGCCCGGUAGUCCAAGGAAAUUCCAACGCAUCCCCGUCUUUAUUGUUGAUUAUCACAAUGGUCUGGAGUUUAUAUAUCGCUGCUUGGGCACUCGACAUCUUCCACUGGAGAAUAAUAUACUGGUGCACUUUGAUUCGCAUCCAGAUCUGUUAUACCAGACAUAUAGCCGCCAGUCGGCAUUUGACAAGGACACAAUGCUCAAUGAGCUGAGCAUAGAGAAUUGGAUCAUGCCCACUCUAUAUGCGGGUCACUUUAAUCGUGUCGUUUGGCUUAAGAACUCAUGGUGCCAACAGCUGCCCACCGGCCGGCAUCAGUUCAAAGUGGGUCACAAGGAGGAUCGAAUUGGCGUCGAUUGUCCUUUGGAUUUUAUUGCCGAUGGCAACUAUUGCACCACCGAUGAUCUCCAGGAAGCCAGUGUCGAACUGCAGGUUCACGGCGAUAACGAGAAUCUCGAUCCAAAGGAAUUCUUAGCGUUGGAGGAUGCCCCGAGAUUUGUGCUCGAUAUAGAUUUGGAUUUCUUUAGCACUUCGAAUCCAUUUUUGGAAAUCUACAAGGAUGCUGAUUGCUACAAUCAGCUGAAGGAGAUCUUUCAUUUCGAGAGUGUGGAGAAGAUUAAAAGUUCGGGAACCGCUACCAUCGCAGACUACAUGGCCACGGCGGAGCGCAGGCAGACUCAGUUGGAUGCUCUCAAGCAAAUCUUCUGGCAUUUGGAGGAGGAACGUACAUUCGAGGGACUGGAAAAGCCAGAUGAGAAGGUUAUUACUCCGGAGGUAUAUGCCAAGAUUGAGUUAGCUGAGCAGCUGCAGGAAAAGUAUCCGGAUGAUGAGAUCGAUUGGCAUUUAAUCUUCGAUUCGGGCAGCACCACCGACAAUAACGGCUUGCCGCAUCACAUAGCCGCCGAGGAGCUCGAAUCGUACUUUACGAAUUUCAAAAGGUUUAUUGAACGUCUACCCGUGCCACCGGUGGCCAUAACCAUGGCCCAUUCGGCCCAAGAUGAUUAUUGUCCACAGGAUCAGGUGGCGUUCAUUGAGGAGCGCGUUUUACGGCUACUUAAGGAAGUUUUUGGGGAACUUCACGAUAAAGCCAUUUUACAUUAUAUGGACGAUCCCUGGGAUGUGAUGAAGCUAUAAGCAAACUAAAUAAUAUCCAAAUGGGCUUCUUGAACUUCGAUGUAAUCAAAACUAAAGACUCCAUUGGGUUUUGGGGUAAAGUAGUCCCCCAAGAAGCCGAGAAGAUGUAGUGAUUCUAAACAAACGAAAACUCAAAGAUGAAAAAUCCAAUUAUUCGAUUAUAAAUAUUUUUUACUUUAAAUAUACAUACGCAACGUAUUUAUUAAAGACAUACAAAAGCAAGGGAAGAAUUUUUAUUGCUACAUUUUACAGAUUAAAAUCCCAUACAAACUGUCAAAACUGUAAUGAGUAUUGCAACAUUAAUCAUUUAUUAUUAUAUAUUUGGCAAGUGCUAUGUAAUCGGUCUUGUACAAUAUGUUUAAGGCAACCACGUGGCACUUGGGGACUAUGGUGGUGGUUAUGAGCGAGUGUUGGACUCCCGAGGGCAGUCAACUUUUAAUUGUCGACCCCAAUUCGUGGCCGAAAUCAAUAAGCCUGCCAAUGGUCCCAGGUAAAACUUUCAGUAACGUUUUGUGGUUCAAUCGUUAAGGAAGGCUUGGCUCUGGAUACAGGAUACAAAUUUGAGUGACAUUGUGAGUCUUUUUUACUUAAACUAUCUUUAA